AUGAUUCUGUCAAAGAAAAGCGAGCGUCUUCCAUAUAAUAAAGAUGCGAAACUCAAUUCAGGCAAUAUUAUUGACCCUGUACGAUAUAUUUUUAGAGUGAUUUUGACAUCUGCCGAUGCACUUUUCCUAGUUUAUUUAGCAUGGGCAUCACAACAAGUUUCUAAUCUAAACAUAUCGUAUCUACGCAAAGCGAAUACUUUUAAAUCACUAUCACUAAUUUGGGCAAUGAAAUUUUUUUGGGCCCUUUUUUACGACAAACUAAGCUUUACAUUCACUGGAAACUAUUAUCGCUUUAAAUAUGCAAUUUCACUAGUUAACUAUUAUAUGCAUUCUCUACUAAACUCCAUUGCAGUUUUUGUAAAGAAGGGGAAAUUUAAAUUACAAUUUGACCUUAGUGAAUACCCAAUUGAUACGCACGUAUACAAAAGUGAUAGAAAGUCCCAGAUGGUAAUUCUUUCACAUUUGCUAACCCUUAUAGGACUGCAGAUAAUCACAAUUACUCAUUGGAUCAUGCCAUUUGAAUUGCUCAAACUCAACGAAAAUUUGCAAUAUAUCAAAUUUUUUGGCAUAUUGUUGGUUGGAUUUUCUAUUGUUGGACAAAGCUCUGCUAGUGAUGUCAGAGUCUAUUGUGAUGUAAGGGAAUUAAGCACUGAUAAACAGACGUUAGUUGUAUGCGAAGUGCUCGCUUAUAAGGCUUUAUUUGGUUUGAUGGCCCAGUUUUUACUUUUCCGUAAUAAGUUGCACCUUUUCAAGUACUUUAUUGUUUCAAAAUGUCUAAUUGUCAUUCUAAUACUGAUCUCUCGGGAGGAUAUUAAUAAGUCAUUACAAACCAGAUAUAUAUCCAAUAAGAGGGUAGAUAACUUUGAAAUUCUAGUGCCAUGCCUGUGGUUUUUCAUAAUUCUGCACUGUGGUAUUGACAGCAGGUGGUAUUUUCAGCUAUUCGGUAUGAGAGACUUCCCUUGGUCCAGAAUAUUCGAUGUACUGACCGCUUUUUCCAAUCAACUUGCUAAAAUUGCAAUAUUAAUUGCCAUUGGGAUGUAUAUCAAUUUUAACUCCUUCCCCAAGUUAUUCCCCUUUUCCAUCGCAAUAUGUCUUGUAUUGAAACUAAUAGGCCUGGUACUACUUAAGGUGAAUAUCGAUCCGGCAUAUACACUUUCACUGGUAUUACUAGAGGUUAUAUGCUCAUCAUUUGUGCAACAGGCAGUUUUAGUCUGUAUCUUGAUGAUUUGCAUAAACGCACCAACCAAAAUUCCAAUCGCCUUCAUGUCCCUUCCUACUGUUGUUAUGCACUACUCCACAAUAUUACGCUACUCAUCUUCCAUUUGGGACUCCAUCCUCUCGGCUCAGUCAUCACUAGUAACAAUACAGACUAUAUCAAUCUCGAUAUAUCUGGUGGCUCUAGUUACCUGCUGGAACAUAAAGUUCGACGAAAUUACUAGCAAGGUUCGAGAUUUACACACUUCUUAUCUUAAGAAGUUAAAUAAACAACGUACGAGAGAUUGUUAUAAGGACGGAGUUGGAGACGAAAAUUUUUGGGUAUGCGAUGACUAA